AUGGCAACAGUCAAAAAUGAGAACCUCGUAUUCUAUCCCGCGUUCUGCUUCAAGGUGUCGCCAACGCACUUUACCUGGGUGAAAAUGGGUGCAGCCGAUGUGCAUCGUCUCCGAAAAUCGAGUGACUUUGUGGGCCAAAACAUCUUCUUCUACAACAACCACCCAAUCCAAUUCGUCAGCCUAGUAGGCGUCAUAGUGGCGCGAACUGAUAUCCCACGACGCACAAUCCUAACACUAGACGACAGCAGUGGCGCCACAAUCGACAUAGCCGUGCUAAAGAAGACCUCACCAGAACCCAGCACUACUAGCGAGACAACCCCAGGCACAAGCCAAGAAAAAACACCAUGGUCUUCAUUCUCCCUCACAGCACCAAUGGCCACGAAUCUCACCCAAGAAAAACACGUAACCUCCAAAGACCACGACGAGAUAGAUAUCUCAGCUCUGCAACCAGGAACGGUAGUCCGAGUAAAAGGGACACUAUCAACCUUCCGUUCGCAGAUGCAGUUACAUCUCGAGCGGUUCUGGCUCGUGCGCGAUACGAACGCCGAAAUGCAGUUCCUGGAUACCCGUCUGCGGUUCCUUAUUGAAGUCUUGUCAGUGCCGUGGGUGUUGACUGAUGAGGAGAUUGAAACGUUGCGCGAUGAUGCUGAGAGAUGUGAUGAGCGCGUGUUGGAGGAUAAAAGGCGUGCGGAGAGGAUUGCUAGGAAGAAGAUUGAGCGGGAGGAGAGACAUGCUAAGGCUAUUGCGCGACGGUAUGAGAAGGAGGAAAAUGAGAGGGAGAGGGAGCUUAGGAAGGUUAGAGAGGAUGGGGAGAGGGUUAUGAGGAAGUUCGGGUUUGGGGGGCAAGAGUGA